AUGGGUUGUGGGUGUGUGAGUUUGGCAUGGGUGAUGUUGGUGGUGGUGGUGUUGGGUUUAGCUUCAGAGAGUUGUUAUGGUUCGGGCACAUUUGGGUUUGACAUACACCACAGGUUCUCGGAUCCGGUUAUGGGGAUUCUGGGCAUUGCUGGUGAUGUUCCUCAAAAGGGAAGUCCUCAAUACUAUGCUGCUAUGGCCCACAGAGAUCGCAUAUUCCGGGGCCGGAGACUCACCACCGAUCACCACACGCCGCUCACUUUCGCCGCCGGCAAUGACACUUACCAGAUUCCUGCCUUUGGAUUUUUGCAUUUUGCGAAUGUUUCGGUUGGGACACCACCUUUAUGGUUUCUGGUGGCGUUAGAUACAGGCAGUGACUUGUUUUGGUUACCUUGUAAUUGUACCAACUGUGUGCCCGAUUUGGUAACAUCAAGAAGAAAGAUACUUAAACUUAAUAAGUAUGAUCUUGAUAAGUCAUCCACAAGCAAUACAGUUUCAUGCACCAAUAGCAGUUUUUGUAAACAAAGACAACAGUGUCCUUCAUCUGGCAGCAGUUGUCGAUAUCGAGUUGACUAUCUUUCAAAUGAUACUUCAUCUAGUGGAUUCUUGGUAGAGGAUGUGUUGCACUUAAUUACUGAUGAUGUUCAAGCAAAUGAUGCUGACACAAGAAUUAUCUUUGGUUGUGGCCAAGUUCAAACUGGUCUGUUUCAAAAUGGGGCAGCACCAAAUGGCCUAUUUGGACUUGGAAUGCGUAAUAUAUCUGUUCCUAGCGUCCUAGCCAAAGAAGGGCUCAUCUCAAAUUCCUUUUCAAUGUGUUUUGCAUCUGAUGGUGCUGGAAGAAUCACGUUUGGUGAUACUGGCAGUCCAGACCAAAGAAAAACACCAUUCAACCUUGAUAAAUUGCAUCCAACGUAUAACAUCACCAUAACCCAAAUUAUUGUGGAAGAUCUUAUUCAUGAUCUUGAGUUUCAUGCAAUAUUUGACUCUGGUACCUCCUUUACAUACAUAAAUGAUCCAGCUUAUACUCGACUCGCUGAGAUGUUCAACUCACGAAUCAAAGCAAAUCGGUAUUCUGAAUCACCUGAUUCGAACAUCCCCUUUGAGUAUUGUUAUGGCAUAAGUUUAAAUCAGACAAUCGAAGUUCCCUUUGUGAAUCUAACGAUGAAAGGCGGAGAUGAUUAUUAUGUCAUGAAUCCUGUAGUACUAGUUUCUACUGAGAAGGAGCGAUACCUUAUUUGUUUGGGAAUCCAGAAAAGUGACAGCGUGAAUAUCAUUGGACGUUCUGAUGAUGAGCUCUCAAAUACACCACCAAUUAACCACCCAUCGCACUCUCCUGUUGUUUCUCCUGCUAUAGCUGUGGAUCCCGUGGCUACAUCCAACCCAUCUAUUAACCCACCUAAUCGAUCAUGCAUCAUUAAACCUACUUUUACGUUCAUCCUGCUCCUUUUUUCACUUUUACUCAUUUUUUGA